GGGCAAGGGAAAAAAACACCCAAGAAGAAGAAACAACUGAAGAGGGGGAAAGGGAAUUUUACCACUAUCAUCUCAAAAAACCCAGCAAUUUCCUGUAUUUCUUCGUGGUUUCAAAUCUAACCCAGAAAUUUGCUCAUCCCACGAAAUUAAUUCAGAAAAUCUGAAGUUCUAGUGAGAAUAUAAAUUGUGGAGGGAGAAAGCUUGGAUCUUUAAUCAAUGGCGUCAGAUCAAGAAACAACACUAGAAAUACCAGAAGGAACAUUGCAGAACAUUCUAGACCAAGACACCCUUAAAUGGGUAUUUGUAGGAGGCAAAGGUGGGGUCGGGAAGACAACUUGUAGCUCAAUUCUUGCCAUUCUUCUUGCAAGUGUUCGACCAUCUGUUCUUAUCAUUUCAACUGAUCCUGCGCACAAUCUCAGCGAUGCUUUUCAACAGCGUUUUACCAAGACUCCUACCCUUGUUAAUGGCUUCCCCAAUCUCUUUGCCAUGGAAGUGGAUCCGUCUGUAGAGAAUGAUGAUCUUUCUAGUGAUGGGCCAGACAACUUUGUUUCUGAGCUAGCAAAUGCAAUUCCUGGAAUCGAUGAAGCCAUGAGUUUUGCGGAAAUGCUGAAAUUAGUUCAGACAAUGGAUUACUCUGUCAUUGUGUUUGAUACAGCUCCCACAGGACACACACUUCGUCUUUUGCAAUUCCCGUCCACGUUAGAAAAGGGACUGUCAAAAAUGAUGUCCUUGAAGAACAAAUUUGGGGGCUUAUUAAGUCAGAUGACUCGUCUCUUUGGCGUUGAAGAUGAAUUUGGUGAAGAUGCAAUCCUUGGCAGGCUUGAAGGCAUGAAGGAAGUAAUCGAACAAGUAAACCAGCAGUUCAGGGAUCCAGAUAUGACAACCUUUGUCUGUGUCUGCAUUCCUGAGUUCCUAUCUCUCUAUGAAACAGAGAGAUUAGUGCAGGAACUAGCAAAGUUUGAGAUUGAUACUCACAAUAUCAUCAUCAAUCAAGUUUUGUUUGACGAUGAAGUUGUUGAUUCUAAGCUGCUGAAAGCAAGAAUGAGAAUGCAAGAGAGAUACAUAGAUCAAUUCUACAUGUUGUAUGAGGACUUCCACAUUACAAAAUUGCCGUUGAUGCCAGAAGAGGUGACUGGGUUACAAGCGUUGAAGUCAUUUUCCGGUCAUUUCCUUGAACCAUACGUACCUAAAAUUAAAAAAGGAAGUGUUGAAGAACUAGAGUUGAGGAUAACCGAGUUGAACCUACAGCUGAAAACUGCAGAAGAGGAGCUGGAAAAACUACGAAAGGGCAAACAAAAGGUGUAAUUACGACUCUGAAACGACCAACAUUUUUUUUUGACCCUUUUAUUUCUUGAGUUUUAUUUAUUUUUCUUUUAGCUCUCCUUUAUUUCGGGGUUUGGCUAUUAAUUGUUUUUUUCAGCAGGAUACAAGUUUUAUUAGACUAUGAUUUGUAACAAAGGGAAUGUUUAAUGGGGAAACAUUACAUAAUACUAUAAUAGCAUGUUGGAGAUUCACAAUGCCAA